AUGGCCAACCGGCCAAGCCUCAACUUUAUUGUUGCUCUUAUAAACUUUGAGCAGUACAAGUUCUACAUUUUACCUCCUGCUAUAGCUUCAACAUCUACCCCAGUCAAUGUUGCAUAUGAUAUAGAUAAUACAGGCUCUGUAGAUACUCGUCCAAGGGAUUGUGAAUCAGAUACUUCCUUGGCAGGUUCGCACUUAGAGGAAUGUCAUGGACCAAAUACAGUUGAACAUCUUAUGUUUCCUCGAGCUGAAGAAUCUUGCAAUGAAUUUCAAUCUAAAGUCCCUAUGAAAAAUUUCAUACGGGCAGACCCAAGUUACCUUAAAACUCUUGGCCAGGCUCAUUCUGGAUGGAUUUUUGGUGGAAUAGCUGAGCUUGUUGAUAACUCCAAGGAUGCCAAAGCAGCUAAAAUGGACAUUUUUGUAGAUAUCAUCCAGUUGAAGAAAUCUCGGAAGGAUAUCCCCAUGCUGUCUGUUAUUGAUGACGGUCAAGGGAUGAACCAUGAUGAGGUUAUGAAAAUGGUAUCUUUUGGACACAAGCAAUCUGAUAAAGUUGACAAGGAUCACAUUGGCAAAUUUGGUGUUGGAUUCAAAACGGGAGCAAUGAGACUUGGGAGAGAUGUUCUGGUUCUAACACAGACAACUAAUUCCAGAUCACUAGCUUUUCUUUCACAAUCAUUGAAUGAAGGCAAAGAUAAUAUUGAAAUUCCAAUAGUUAGCUAUUGUCGACAAGGACAACGAAUGGAAGUUGACCUAAGUGUGCAGUCUGAAGCUUUGGCAAAACACAAUUUGAAAGCUAUUAAGGAUUUUUCACCAUUUAACAAGUAUCUUAUUGGUGAAAAGGCAGCCUUGUUUGGUACUGGUACAGGAACACAAAUAUACAUAUGGAACUUGGAUGAAUGGGGAUCAAAGUAUUGUUUAGAAUGGCAUGAUGGAUUGAAAGGUGGGAGUUCUUUUCACCAAGGUGACAUUGUUAUCCACAACAAAAGGACUCGUUCUCGUCCAGGCCAGAUCAGUCAAAAGGUUCCAUUGGAUUACUCAUUACGAGCUUAUUUAGAAAUUAUAUUCUUAGUUCCUCGAAUGAAGAUUAGUGUACAAAGGACAUUGGUUAAAACUCGACCAUUAUCAAAAUUCCUGACUCAAACUGUUAUUGAAACUGGUGACAUCUUGAUGAGGCCCGUUGAAUUAAUUCUUGGAUUUAGUCAAUUAGAGUGGGAGCGGGCAAAUUGUGGAAUGUUUUUGUAUUGGCAUGGUCGCUUAAUUGAGGCCUACAAAAGAGUUGGUGGAAUGAUUCAUAGUGCAGAUGUUGGCCGUGGUGUAAUUGGUGUUAUAGAUGUUACGAAUUUAAUGGAUGAUAAGGAUGGUCGGGUUUGGGUACAUAAUAACAAGCAGGGAUUUCAAGACUCAGAACAAUAUGCAUGUCUCGAGCGGUGGCUGGGUAGAAAAGCAGAUGAAUACUGGGACAACAAUUUUGACUCACUUAAAUUGGACAAAGAUAAUUGUGUAUUGAAACCUGAUCAUGAGUGGGUUCAAUGUGACAAGUGCAGAAAGUGGAGAAUAUUACCUACUGGUUUUAAUAGCAGCAAAUUACCCGUGCAAUGGUUUUGUUUCAUGGAGCCUUUCAAAGGUCAAUGUGCAGAUCCUGAACUGAAGAUGGAGUUUGGCAUGGUUAAUGUUUCCACAAAGAGGUCAGGUUAUGGUUGCUUGUCGAAGGAUUCAAACGAUGAAAAAAUGGAGAGUGUUAUGAAAACUUCUGGCACAGGUUAG